GGGGGUGGGGUGGGUUAGAAGAGAGUCUGUGGUUUCCAUGGAGAUGAAGCUGAAAGUGCAGGAAAUUUAAAGGCUUUGGGUCCUUGCAAAGCAGACAAACUGGUGCCAACGUGCGUGGCUGCUGUUGCUGCUGAGGCUGCUGCUUUGCAAACGGCGGGGAGGAGAAGGGAGGAGGAAUCGGCUGCGAUUUCUUCCGUAACGCACGGGCGGACAACGAGGAGCAGCAGCGGCGAACAGAAUUUGCAACAAAAAGAGUCAUCUCCCUGGCCCGGGGAGGCUGAAAAGAGGCAGCGGCAGCGGCAGAAUUUUGGAGUGGCUCCACUAGCAGAGAUUUUAUAGAGAAGCCUGCAAAGAGAGAGUGUUUGCAGGGGGCUUGUUCUCCGGGCUUAUCAGGGGGCUGUCUUUGCUGGUGGUGCGGGGAGUGGAGGCGAUUCCCCUUAAAGACAAGCUAUUUUGGAUAUCCCCGUACAAGUUUUCUGAUGUGUUUGCUUGCACCUUCUUCCCCUGCUGUUUGGUGAACCCAGCCCCCCUUUCCCCCCCCCCCCACCCCCACCGGUCUCCCAAGGAUGGAUCAUUCCCAAUGCCUUGUGACUAUAUACGCCUUGGUGGUUCUGCUGGGUCUCCGGCUAGAGCAGGGCUCCUGCCAGCACUAUCUGCACAUCCGACCGGCUCCCAGCGACAACUUGCCCUUGGUGGAUCUAAUCGAGCACCCGGACCCUAUCUUUGACCCCAAGGAGAAGGAUCUUAAUGAGACCUUGCUAAGGAACCUCAUGGGCGGACACUUCGACCCUAACUUUAUGGCUAUUUCCUUGCCCGAGGACCGGCUCGGAGUGGACGAUCUGGCCGAGCUGGACCUGCUGCUCAGGCAGAGACCCUCGGGAGCGAUGCCCAGCGAAAUCAAAGGGCUGGAGUUCUACGACGGGCUGCAGCCGGGCAAGAAGCACAGGCUGAGCAAGAAGCUGCGCAGGAAGCUGCAGAUGUGGCUCUGGUCCCAGACCUUCUGCCCGGUUCUAUACACGUGGAACGAUCUCGGCAGCCGCUUUUGGCCCCGGUAUGUCAAAGUGGGCAGCUGCUACAGUAAAAGAUCUUGUUCAGUCCCCGAAGGCAUGGUUUGCAAACCUGCCAAGUCCGUGCAUUUAACGAUCCUGAGGUGGCGGUGCCAGCGGCGGGGCGGGCAGAGGUGCACAUGGAUACCCAUCCAGUACCCCAUCAUUUCGGAGUGCAAGUGCUCCUGCUAGGGCUGGCACUUCCCCGCUCUCCCCUUCUCCAGCGGACUCACGUGGACCUUUGCUGCAACAAAAAUAAAGACUUCUGCUUUCUGGUUAACGUUGUAAUGCACUGUAACGUGUAGGAGAAUGUAUAUUGUGUGUAUAUAUGGCACCGGUUUAAUAUACUAUUAAAAGGUCAGUAUUAUACGUGAAAUAAUCAGCGGCUACUGUAUUUUUAAGACUAUUACCCUGAUCGUUGCUAAUGUAUCUUUGUUUUAUGGUUUUUUUUUUUCCUUUUUUGGGGGUAUUUAUAUUCCAGAGGGAAGUUGCUUCGCUUUGGCGAAGGAUUUUUUUUUUUUUUCCUUGGGUGAGUUUUGUUCUUUUUUGUUUGGUUUGUUUUUUAUUUCUUUUUAAUAAGAGGGUUUAAAAAAUUACAAAGCAAACUUUUUUUUUUUUUAAUAAGGAAAAAAAAAAAAAACACGUUUUAAAGCUAUUUUCCAUUCUUCGGAAAGUGAAGUGUGUGUGUGUGUGAGGUUUGAUUUUUCUUCCUUAUGGACUUUAGGUUUAAAAUAAAAAGGAAUGAACGCCUAGAGCACAAGGUUAUUGUAAAUAGAGAGAACAGUCGGAAUGACUUAAUCCUAUGUAAAUGAAGAGUAUCUGCUAUUUAUUCUUUAUAUCCUUGUAGUAAAAGUGCAGUGCAGAAUUAAAGUCAACCACUAAAACACGA